AUGAAUCCGAUCACUGUGAUCGUUAUGCUCUGUAUUUCAUUCUCAAUGGCGAACAAAUGCAAACCUGACCCCCUGAACUUUGAUUACGAAAAGUUCGAAGAUAUGCACACAACCGACAAAGAGGUCCUUAAGCAAAACCUCAAACCGCAUCUUAAUAAAGAAGAUCUUUUCCUUCUAUGGCAAGUGGAUGUAAAUCCUGAUCCGAUACUGAGAAAAAAUGCUGUGCCUACCGUCGUUUUUCCCCAUGAUAACAGCAAGGACCCUUUCUUCUUCGUAUAUUACCCUGCGAAAUCAAACACCACUCAGCAAUUCGAGGAAAUGUCUGCAAAAGAAUUCGUCGACUUUUUGGAUCGGUGUUGA